AUGGAAGAGCUGGACAGAACCAUUUUGUUCGCAUCCUUCAUCAAAACCAAGCCACCCACCUUCAGGUCUUGGACGUACUCUGGUAAAAUCAUCAGAGAAAUGUGCGAUGAUGACCUGAUGUUGGAAUGGCUAAAAACCAAGGUACCAACCUUAAAAACAUGGGAAGGAGCAGCACUCGCUGUUGUAAGGAUGGACGAGCUCCCCAAGCUCAUCAAAGCCUCUCUCUGGAUCUCAGGGGAAGCGCAAGCUGACCUUGACGAGAAGAAAUCCCCGACGACGAACCAAAAACCGAAUCUAAACCUGGGAACUGGGGUGAGGGAUGGAUGGCUUCCCGAAGAGAGACGAGAACAGCCACUUGGCGCCAUGGCAAGGGCGUGCGGGGUAGCCGGAGAUAAUACCGAAGGAAUGCCUUAG